AUGCUACACUUCGUCUGUGCUGAUAUGUUUUCGCUGUCGGCGGACGCUAUUGUGAAUGCAGCGAAUAGGAAUUUAGCCCCAGGUUAUUACUUGUCCAAAAAUUAAUUUUCAAUCUUAUCAUUAGUCGGAACCCUAUUUGUUGCAUACUUAGGAGGCGGCGUCGAUGGCGUCAUGUCACAACACUGUGGGCCACGUUUGCAAGAAGCUAAAAACAAAAUAGUGGCUUGCUUGGCUGACAGGAAGCUGGGAAAAAGUCAGGCUGUACUGACUGAGGCUUUCGAUCACAAUCUAGCGAAAUGUGAGUAUUAAAGGUUUUAUUUCAUUUUUUUCUGUUAUUUUUUUAGUUGUGAUUCAUACCGCCGCUCCUCAAAUCAAAAAGCCAUUGUAAACCGGGAAGACUGGACGAGCAAGAAUUGCGUCACUGUUAUUUCAAUAGCCUCACUCUUGCAAACUCCAACAAUUGCUCGAGUAUCGUUUUUCCUGUUCUCGGUGCUGGGAUUUAUCAUUGGCCAUCAAAACUGGCUACAGCUGUUGCCAUUCAAAGUAUAUGUGCGUACUUUGAAGGAUCCCCUAGAACGGUAAUUAAAACUUAUUGACUUAUUCGUUCAUGAUAUUAAAACUUGUAGACUCUGAAAAACGUUUAUUUAACUACCCUUUCAAGAGGAGUUUUCGAAGAUUGUCUGAAUAACUGCGAUCAUCAGUCAACUCUCGAUUGCACCUCUUCGCAAUCAGCCAAUAAAGCUAGGAUGAUAGUUGAAAAAGACGCCAGCAACGUUGAAGAUAGUAUGAGCGCUGAAGUGAAAGUAAAAUACUUUGUGGAACGAUGGGCAUCUACAGCAGAAAGAAUAGCAGCAGCUAGAAAGUGAGUAAAUUAGAGGGCUAGUAUUCAAAAUUGUGCAAUAACUUGUUCAGCACGACUUCAAAUGGGUCUAAAGAAACAUCACCUGCCAAUGAGCUAUCUCCAUCUAGUUUCUCGAGAGCGGUUUGACUAAACAAGAAAGAUCUAUCUUAAUAUUCGAUUUUCAGAGCACGGGACAUUUUGGCAAGCAAAAAAGUGCGCAGAUAAAAGAGCCCAUCGAAACGCCAAAAAGCAGGAAAACGAUAACGCCAGAAGAACGACAGAGUUUUCCACAAUACUUUCCGACGAUGAACACCGAGGAAACGACGCCGAGAAGAAAAAGAACGAGAACUGCAAGGGAUCUGGCCAGAGAACAGGAUCUGACUGAAAGACAAGAACGAGUUGAAAGCCUGCUAAGUGAUGACAACGUGCGGCGAGGGAUGUUGAAAUCAGUACUGCUGAAAGAGAAGGAAAAAAAGGCGAACACCUUGAUCGUGAUGGGAAACGUGGAAUAUAUGCUGGCCGCAAUUCGAGAGCCUUACCUCAGCGCCAUCACUACACUGUUGGGACCAGAGCGGCAGGGAAACUAA